GUUGGUUAGAGAGGAAAAUCAUUUUGUUAAUGACUUUUGUUUGUAGUUUCAAACCUUUCAAUACUCCACAGAAUAGUCUGGCAGGACCGGAAGAAGAUACGUGGUUAAGGUACUCGGUUUAUUAGCUUUAGAUUACCGCUUCACCUUGUUAAACUAACGUCACCACGUAAACGUUAGAAUCAGUUAUUAUCAGGGAUUAUUACCCUAAUGUCGCCGUUUAACUGAUGAGACACAAUUUAAACCGCUUCCAGGUGUAUUUUCUACAAUAUGGAGGAGGACGCCCUGAGAAGUUACUGCAGAACAAUGAUUUCUCGUGUUCAAAUUAAACAGCAGCACCCAUACUCCCCAGCAGAGGAGGAGGAGAGGAGAAAUAAUAAACAUAAAAGAGGCAGAGGGAAGGAGAGGACUGAAACUGGAAGACAAGUUAUAGCAGGGGGCGAAUUAAGAGAUUACAGAGAGAGUAACCUCCCUCUCCCUGACUGUACCAAACGGGACAGACACCAAUCCUCCCUCGGCCUCAUGUGUCAAGGCCCCGAAGUCCAGCCCGUUCCAAUUCAACUCAUCUCAAUGCUGAGGCUCAAAACCAUCAAGGAGGAGAUGAGACGGGCUGCAGAGGUGGAGCUCCAUGAUCCCGCUGUCUGCAGUGUGUGUGAGCAGGAACAAGCUUUUCUGGCCUUGAAAAGUUUUAUCUGGAGGAAGAAGACACAACUGCAGUUCCAAACACUGACGGCCAGACUAAGCACACACAUGAACCGCGAGGAUUAUAGGAGUGGGGCGAGUUUGUGCAAAGUUUCCCAAAGUCCUCCGAUGCCCCUCACUGGUUUUGGGAGGAACUACUUGGUGAAGAUAUGCGGGUCACAGCAACCUGGGGUUGCCUUAGCAACCACUAAGGAACGUGGAGUUGCCCUGGCAACAGAUGAAAUGAGGGGUCACCCUGACAAAAACGCUACAGGAACUCAUUUAGCAAGACCUCGAUGUCCUUUUCCAGACAGAUAGCUGCAGUCAUGAUGGGCAAAGUAUUAAUACAAUAAAAGAGACAACGUUGUGGUGGAGUCAAACAUAUUCCUACCUCUUAUUUUCACACACAAGGCAAACCCACACAUUUGCCCAAUAAACAUUGAUCCA